AAGAUGGCUGACAGCAUCCCGCUGCACCCGGUGCGGAACAACUCGAAAAAAACCUCAUACUACAACGCCGGGAGACAUGCCAGGCACGUGGAUGGAGCGUGGAGUUCGCGCUGUGGAAUUGGUCCAUGUUCUGAUUUUAAGAAGUGUACAAGGAGUAAGUGAAAGUAUCAGGUGGAAGAUGAGUCCUCCCACUUGGAUGAGAUGCCCCUGAUGAUGUCCGAAGAAGGUUUUGAGAAUGACGAGAGCGACUACCAAACCUUGCCGAGAGCCAGGGUCACUCAGAGGAAACACAGCUUGGGGUGGUUCUUGCUGGGCGGGUGGAAAGUACUGUGUACCAGCUGCUGUGACUGGCUCGUGCACACAUGCCGACGGAAGAAAGAGUUCAAAGCACGAACGGUGUGGCUGGGCUGUCCUGAGAAAUGCGAAGAAAAAUAUCCAAGGAACGCCAUCAAGAAUCAGAAGUACAAUGUCUUUACAUUUGUUCCUGGGGUAUUGUACCAGCAGUUCAAGCUAUUCCUGAAUCUGUAUUUCCUGGUGGUGUCCUGUUCACAGUUUGUGCCAUCGCUGAAAAUCGGAUACCUUUACACUUAUUGGGCACCUUUGGGCUUUGUCCUGGCAGUCACUAUGGUGCGUGAGGCUGUGGACGAGGUACGCCGCUGUCGGAGGGACAAGGAGAUGAACUCCCAGUUGUACAGCAAGCUCACAGUACGAGGUAAAGUUCAAGUUAAGAGCUCUGACAUACAAGUCGGAGACCUCAUAAUCGUUGAAAAGAACCAGAGAAUUCCAGCUGACAUGAUUUUCCUGAGGACAUCAGAGAGAAAUGGUGCGUGUUUUAUCCGGACGGAUCAACUAGAUGGUGAAACUGACUGGAAGCUGAAAGUUGCUGUUGCCUGCACCCAGCGACUGCCUGCAUUAGGGGAUCUGUUCUCAAUCAAUGCCUACGUUUAUGCUCAAAAGCCACAACUAGAUAUUCACAGCUUUGAAGGCACCUUCACGCGGGAAGACAGCGAUCCUCCCAUCCAUGAAAGCCUGAGUAUCGAGAACACACUGUGGGCAAGUACAGUCGUGGCAUCCGGAACUGUGAUAGGAGUGGUGAUUUACACUGGAAAGGAGACUAGAAGUGUGCUGAACACAUCCUAUGCCAAGAAUAAGGUGGGCCUGUUAGACCUGGAACUGAACAGCCUGACCAAGGCCCUGUUUGUGGCACAGGUGGUCCUGUCCGUGGUCAUGGUGGCUCUGCAAGGCUUUGUUGGACCCUGGUACCGGAACCUGUUCCGCUUCAUCCUGCUCUUCUCCUAUAUCAUCCCUAUCAGCCUGCGAGUUAACCUGGACAUGGGGAAGGCAGCAUACGGCUGGAUGAUCAUGAAGGAUGAAAAUAUUCCAGGCACUGUGGUGCGAACAAGCACCAUUCCCGAAGAGCUGGGACGAUUGGUGUAUAUGUUGACCGACAAAACAGGGACGUUGACACAGAAUGAGAUGAUAUUCAAGCGUCUCCACCUGGGCACAGUAUCCUAUGGGACAGACACAAUGGAUGAAAUUCAGAGUCAUGUCAUACAGUCAUACGCCCAGGUAAGCGGUCAGUCCAAUGGAAGCAGUAACACUUCCACGCCAUCCCGUAAAAUCCAGCAAUCAGCACCGAAAGUACGGAAGAGCGUGAGCAGCCGGAUUCAUGAGGCAGUGAAGGCCAUUGCCCUUUGCCACAAUGUUACCCCGGUGUAUGAGUCUCGAACAGGAGUCAGCGGCGAGCCGGAGUAUGCCGAAGCAGACCAGGACUUCAGCGACGAGAACCGCACCUACCAGGCCUCCAGCCCAGACGAGGUGGCUCUGGUGCAGUGGACAGAGAGCGUAGGCCUCAUACUGGUCAACAGAGAUCUGACCUCCAUGCAGCUGAAGACCCCUGGUGGACAAAUCCUCACAUUUUACAUCCUGCAGAUUUUCCCAUUUACAUCAGAGAGCAAAAGAAUGGGGAUCAUUGUUAGGGAGGAAGCUACUGGAGAAAUAACAUUUUACAUGAAGGGGGCUGAUGUUGCCAUGUCAAGCAUUGUACAGUACAACGACUGGCUUGAGGAAGAGUGUGGGAACAUGGCGAGAGAAGGCCUGAGAACUCUUGUGGUGGCAAAAAAGUCUUUAUCAGAAGAGCAGUACCAAGACUUUGAGAAUCGAUACAACCAGGCCAAGCUGAGUAUACACGACCGCAGUUUGAAGGUAGCUGCUGUGGUGGAGAGCCUGGAGAGAGAGAUGGAGCUUUUGUGCGUCACUGGAGUGGAAGACCAGCUGCAGGCAGACGUCAGGCCUACAUUGGAGAUGCUGAGAAACGCUGGAAUAAAGAUAUGGAUGCUGACAGGAGAUAAACUAGAAACGGCCACUUGCAUUGCAAAAAGUUCCCAUUUGGUAGCCAGAAGCCAGGAUAUUCAUAUCUUCAGACCGGUAACUAACAGAGGUGAGGCCCAUUUGGAACUGAAUGCUUUCAGGAGGAAACAUGAUUGUGCACUUGUCAUUUCAGGGGACUCUCUUGAGGUUUGCCUGAAGUACUACGAUCAUGAGUUUGUGGAGUUGGCAUGCCAGUGCCCUGCGGUCGUGUGCUGCCGCUGCUCGCCAACACAGAAAGCGCAGAUCGUGAAGCUGCUGCAACAGCACACUGGCAAACGCACCUGUGCCAUAGGUGAUGGAGGAAAUGACGUCAGUAUGAUCCAGGCAGCCGACUGUGGGAUUGGUAUCGAAGGAAAGGAAGGGAAGCAAGCUUCUCUGGCUGCUGAUUUCUCCAUCACGCAGUUCAAGCACAUUGGCAGGUUGCUGAUGGUUCAUGGACGCAACAGCUACAAGCGCUCAGCUGCUCUCGGGCAGUUCGUUAUGCACAGGGGCCUUAUUAUUUCCACAAUGCAGGCAGUGUUUUCUUCUGUUUUCUAUUUUGCCUCAGUCCCCUUGUACCAAGGAUUCCUCAUGGUUGGGUAUGCAACGAUAUACACAAUGUUUCCAGUCUUCUCCUUGGUUUUAGACCAGGAUGUGAAACCAGAGACUGCACUCCUGUACCCAGAACUUUACAAGGACCUCACAAAGGGCCGUUCGCUGUCCUUUAAGACUUUUCUCAUUUGGGUUUUGAUAAGCGUGUAUCAAGGAGGUAUUCUAAUGUAUGGAGCCCUGGUGCUGUUUGAGUCAGAGUUUGUGCAUGUGGUGGCCAUCUCCUUCACAGCACUCAUCUUGACAGAGCUUCUGAUGGUCGCUCUCACAAUCAGAACGUGGCACUGGUUGAUGAUCGUGGGCGAAUUCCUCAGUCUUGGCUGCUAUGUGGCCUCCCUUGCCUUUCUUAAUGAGUAUUUUGGUAUAGGCAGAGUGUCAUUUGGAGCUUUCCUAGACCUUGCCUUUAUUGCAACCCUGGCCUUCCUAUGGAAAGUGUUAGCCAUAACUGUUGUGAGCUGUCUUCCACUGUACAUUAUCAAAUACUUGAAACGCAAGUUCUCCCCUCCCAGUUACUCCAAGCUUACCUCAUGAGCUUUGUUUUGGAUUUUUGUCCCCUCCUUCUACCGCGGUGGUGGAAUCGUGCCCCCUCCCCUCACUCGGACACUGCAGGAGAGGUGGUGGUCGGUGGAUCAGAACGGCUGGACCUUUUAAAGUGGAUUAAGGAGACAGAAGUGAGCGGGACUGGAAGUGUGGAGAGAGGCUGUGAGAAAGGCAUACCGUCCCUUCUGUUUUCAGGGACAUGAAGGCUAUACAGACUUAUGUUUUCGGAUGUCUCACUUAACGCCACAGUUCUAGUUUUUCCUCAGCUUCUCCGUCAUUCCUCUUGUUUUCUACUUUUCUUGCUGUUUGUUUCUUUUUAAAUAUGUUUUUUUUUACCUUUCUCUACUGCUUUCAUUAAAGACCAUCUAAUUGUUUUGUCCUAAAUCUGCGUUAGAAUUACCUCUGAGUUUCUUUCAGGAGUUUCCAGGUUGUGGUUUUGUUCCUCUUCUCAUCUGGGAACUCCCACUGUAAAUAAGAGCUGAUAUGUGCAGCUUUUUAAUGUCCUCAGACUGCAUCCCCUGUACAGUUCCUGCUGCUGACAUGGUCCUAUUUGUAAUACAGCGAGUAUUAAUAAUGAAGCACUAAUAGAAUUAAGUGCAGCCGCUUUUGUAGCGCAGUAUUUGUUCCGGGAACAAUUACCUAGAUUGCUUUUCCCAAUUAAGUUUUUUUCAGUUCUAUUAUAAACAUCAAAUGAAGCCAAAUCACAUGCAUUUUCUUUAUUACAAUCAAUUUACUUCUAAAUCAUAGAAGUUUUUCUUCAUGUUGGAAUUUAGUUAUGUGUAGAUUUAUAUACAGUUGCUCUCUUGUGAAUACAGUGGUAAGCAGUGUUCCAGGAAGACGUUAGAGCACUGUAUGUAAUAUAACUUGUAACAGGUGGUGUGUACGUGUUUCUGCCUUCCCAAGUUAAACCGGCAGAGAUUUGUACCAGGCUUGGAGCAUUUUGUUUCAUAUGGAGCGGAUCAAUGCCUGAAGACCCUGUUGUCAAAGCAAGAUGUGCCGCUUAGAAAACAUAAUCAUGUUUUUUAAGGAUUAUUAUUUGUUUGUAAAUACUCAUCAGACACUCAAGCAGUGAAAAUCGUAUACCAGUCGUUCGCAAUUCUCCAUAUGAACCCAGUCAUGAAUCUGCUCUUUUUUCAUUGAUUUGGUUCAGUAUGAGGUUUCUCCGUACCACUGUGAGAUACUGGAAGCCAAAAGCAGCAAUUGGUCUGCACAGAGAAAAGUCUUCUCUUUGGUAUGGCACAGCUGGUAAAGGCUUCACUCAAAGUGCAGUCCCAGCCCUGUACAGAGCAGAGAUCACUGGGCUGUAAAAGUCGCCCACUUUGACAGUGAGCUCUCACAGGGCAGUGCACAACUGGCCACCAGAGACAGAAAAUUGUCCAGGUCGAUCCAUGCCACACUGAUCCCUGUGGUUGGGCAAGACUGUGCUGAUCUUGUCUUCAAACAAGAGUUGAGUCAACUCUUGUUGUUUGGGCCUUACUGUGCAACGGAAAUGGCUGACCUGUUUUCACAGGCAAGGUUUCACAAGCAGUGUCUCUUUGGAUGACAUGCUAUUUGUAUCUCAGAUCCCUCAUAUGCUGGUAUUAAGACUGUGAGCUUGUGAGUUUGUGAGCAGUGAGCCAAGCAAAUUCUAAAUGGGGUGUAGAAAAUAGAAUAUAUUCAUAGUAAUGAAAACUAAUAAGAAGUUUGAUAAACAUCCAUAUGAGUCUUUUUGCCUUUUUUGGGAGACUAUGUGUUUUCAGAUAAAUCAUCUUGUAGAACUAGCAAAUAUUUCAUUAAAGAGAUAAAACAUCUUAUCAUUUGCUUUACAUAGAUUUCAAUCUACAUAAUUGCAGCAGUACCUCAAAUACUGUAUGAUACCAAAAAUGCUUUUCCUUUUAUCACAGUGCAAGAAUUGAGCGAAUUCAGUGUUUUCAGUUUGCACACUUUUUCCAGGCAAAGCAACAGCAAAACUGUUUUUAUGGCAGUUCUGCACUGAUCACCCAUUCAGAACAUUUGUGGUAGUGCCACGUUCAUGGCAAAGACUGUUCAUUGAAAGGAUUUAAAAAAGUACAUGUUUUUUCAGACACACUAACAAAGCAGAUUUGCAUUAGCUGGAAUUAGAUUUAUCAUAUGAAACAUCUACCCUCCCAAACUGUAUUGCUCUCAUUAUCUCAGGCUGCCAUUGUACUCAAAUGCUUUCCCCAUUCAUAUACAGUAAGUGUAUUUUAAAGAGGCUGGUUUGGCGUUAUUUGAUCAUGAAUACUAGUGUUUGUACAGUAAGACAAGAAGAUUGAGAAUACCUUGUCUUUCAUGAUCUUACCCACAGUCUCUGUAACAUCAUUUGCAGGGCUGCCAUCUUUCCAUUUAUUCCAAUCAAAACAGCUUGUUUUUAACUACUGUAUGCACCAGCAACACAAAUCCCCUAAGAAGACCAACUUCAGUCUUUUCACUUAGUUACAUUAGUUCUCUUGCUUCUUCCUGCAGUUGAAGCAGGGAUAAUGCAAAAUAUAUUGAAAUUGUUCACCCCCACCAGCUGGUUUUGUUAAUACUGCAUUGUUAUUGUAAAUUUACCAAGACGUGUGUUGUUCCUUUGGCAAGUGUAUAACGGGUAGAAUAGUGCCUACCCUUUUAAUUAGUACGAAGAGCAAAACACCCAGCCUUUUUUAAGGAAUGUUUUGGCAGAGAAAUAUCCGCCCUCAUUCCAGUGUUGUCUGGUGUUUGUGAGUGCAAAUCCUAUCUUCAUCUCGGAUAGCGAUGAAAGGCAUGAAAAUGAAAAGUUGUCAGCCCAAACUUUUAGUUUACCAACGUUUCUGUGUGAAAACCUGUGUGAAUAAAAAUAUAAUAUAUAAAACAAAUAUACAGUAUAUAAUUAAAAUGCCUUGAAAUUCAAUCUUAAUUUUGCUCAGGUGAAUUAUUCAGCCUAAAACUGCUUUCAAUUUUUAGCAUACAGAGCGGGAACCUCGUUCAGUAUAUUCACAUUCGGAAGUUCAUUCAGAACUGUUUCAUCAAACCAUUUCAUCAAUGUAACCAACAUUUUACUGCACAAGGAUGUGCUCUGUAAUACUUGUCAUCUUUUAAGGUCUGCAAAUGAGUUUUUCAUGUGACUUCUGAAAUAAACCACCCUUUGAAUGGUUUAACUGGCUACAGUUCCAUUCGAUGCCAUUUAUCUCGUCUACUUCAUACAGUAAACUAGACAGUAGUAAAUCCUUCCUCCAACAGUACCUCUGAACACUCCAGUUAACGUAUAAAGAUGUUUAAACCUUUGUGUUGCAUUAUAGCUACUAUAUUUUGGUUUGGUACACUGUAAUUCAAUAUGCUUUCCAUGUAGUUGGCUCCAGAUUUCUAACAGUUAUUCUUGGUAAUAAAUUGAAUAUUGAGCAAUAAAUUGAUUUUUUUACAAAACUCUGACACAAGUGUUUUGUUAUUCCUGUGCUGCCAGUUAGGUCGUGUACAUGCUGCAUUUUCUUGAAUGCAAUGAAUUCAAUUCCAAUUUUUCCCCACAAGGUGGUGAAGUUUCACAUGGUUCAUAUUUUUUUCCUCUAACAACUUUCAGUGUUUUUUUUUACUGAGGCAUCAUUCAUGAGAGAAACCCUUAAUGUACAGUCUGCAUACUUGUAUUUGAAAAAGGUUA